AUGGACGAAGUAGAUAUCUCCACUGAGAUCUCUCUCAAUCCUCCCCGUCGAACCGUGGACGAAGCAGAUAUCUCCAAUAAGAUCUCUCUCAAUCCUUUGGACGAAACUGUUUGCUUAGAUGGCGAAGAUCUCACCGAUUUCUGUUCUUACCCCAGAUCUGCUUGGAGGCAGAACCACGUCUUCUGGGACCUUGUGAAGUACCCAAUCCCUCCUGGUGCCAAGCUCGAAACUAGUAUCAGAGCAGCUCUCAAUAAAAUGGGACUUUAUAGUUGUGAGACUAUCGUUGCGUAUGGUGACAGAAUGAGCCACAGCGAAGAUGAUUUGCGCAAUUCCAGCAUCUUACACAAACCACAAGGUGAAUUGGCUGUGGACCUUCUUUAUGCAGCAGACCCGAGGUCUCCACUAAAUAUUAUGGUAAUCCCAAGACCGGACACAAAAAGUGAGCUGCACAGGGUUCUCAAGGGUUUACAAUCGAGGCAUCACAAUAUUCUCAUAGUAAACCCCAAGGCACAUGACGGUCCAUUUCUAUUUGAUUCUGGAGAGUCAAUAGUUGAAUGUACAGAAGAUUUAGAUGGAGGAAAGCCUAUCAUUGGAGGGAGAAGGAUGGGAGAUAAAACUCCUGUGAUCAAAGAUUUACGCAGUCUCGUUUCUCUGUUUGAAUCCGUGUCUAAAGCCCCUGGGAGGAGGACGGCGUUCGUCUUCUGGGACUUGGCCAGGUACAUAACCCCUACUGAAUCCACUGUCAUACCUAUUGGAACUGGUAUCAGAGCAGCUCUUCAACGGCUCGGCCAUCAUGGUUGUGUGGAAAUCCUGGCGUUUGGUGCUGACAUACUGACGUUGAGGCGCGAUUCUGACUCUUACAAAGAAGCCAGAAUCAUACGCUUACCACACGGGUUGUAUAAAAAUGCUUGGCAACUUUUCUUACGGUUGAAGCCAGGACCUUUGAUGAUAAUCCCAACAAUAGACCCAUCGUGUCUUCGUUUCUCCGGUCCGGACUGGUCAUUUAAUUCGUUGUUGCGGAAACCGGGACACUACGAUCUUCUCUUCGUAACGCCGCCGCCUGUUGAUGAGGCCACCCCAAAAGAUGUUAAAUUUCGACACAUUUCAGAAGAUGCUGAAUUUCUACACAAAGCACAUUUAAUACUUGGUUGUACACAUGGUGUAUAUGAAGGGAAAAAAAUCACGAGAGGGAGAAGAGAUAUGAAAGAUAUCCAAGACUUCUCAAAGCCUAUCACAUUCAAGAAAGGGGCAACGGAAGGCCAGUUCGUGUUCGUGUUCUGGAACCUCGAGGAUUUCCCAUUCCCUACUGGUUUGACUCCUGAUGCGAUAUAUGAGAAAAUCGAAUCAGUAUUUCUUGCUUUUAAUUAUGAGCUGAGGAACCUGUCGAUAUGGGCUUAUAUUGAUGACAAGGAAGGGUCUUGGGGUGGGGAUUUCCUGAGUAAGAAGAUUUGGAGUUCAAGUAUCUACUUCCUUCCCGUUGGAGGGGAUAAAUCCGCCAGACGUAAUAGAAUGUUACAUGACAUCCUUUUAUGGUCAAAGGACGUGGAACCUUUUCCACCACAUCUGGUCAUAGUAUCAAAUGAAGAUAAAAUCAUGGCUGACAAGAAGUUCUCCUCUACGCUUGAACUGUUGUCUCAUAUGAACAUCAAUGUUAUCAUAGAAACUGGGAGCUCUUUUUUCGAAGUCUAG